ACUUUCGUUUAUCUGUCAUUUUUGGUGAAGAGGCCUCUUGUUGCUUGUUGAGGCGCAGCAAUGCAGACUUGCAUCGGUCUAUUUUUGUCGUCCUAUUCUCACUUUGCUAUAGGAGAAGAUGGAGGUAGAGGUGUCUACCUUUGUGGUGCUGGGAGAGAGGCCUCGGGAGUUGGGCUCAGUUUUCCGUUGUUUUCUUGGGCUUGACAAGGGUGUCGGAGGGCUGUUGUCGUCUGUUGAGUUUGCAAAGCCGGUUUACAGAGUUCCUCCUCCGCAAGAGGGUCGUUAUGAGAUAGUUGGUAUGAUCGGUAAAGGAUCGUUCGGAGAUGUCUUCAAAGGUGUUGACAAAGAGACCGGCCAGGAAGUCGCGAUCAAGAUCAUCGACUUGGAAGAGGCCGAGGACGAUGUCGAGGACAUCCAGAAGGAGAUUGCGGUGCUGUCGCAAUGCCGAUCGCAAUAUGUCACGGAGUACUACGGCUCGUACCUGCACAACACGAAGUUGUGGAUUGUGAUGGAGUACAUGGCGGGUGGCUCGGUUUCCGAUUUGGUGAAGACGGGGCCACCCUUGGACGAGUUUUCGAUCGCGUCAAUCCUGAAGGAACUACUUCAAGCGCUCGAGUACCUGCACGGCGAAGGGAAAAUUCAUCGUGAUAUAAAAGCUGCCAACAUCUUGCUGACAGCCAACGGAGACGUGAAGGUUGCGGAUUUUGGCGUCUCUGCGCAGCUCACGCGCACGAUCUCCAAGAGGAAGACUUUCGUCGGGACACCGUUUUGGAUGGCUCCGGAGGUCAUCCAGCAUUCGGAUGGAUAUAAUGAGAAGGCGGAUAUCUGGUCGCUGGGAAUCACGGCGAUCGAGAUGGCGAAGGGAGAGCCUCCGUAUGCUGAUCUUCAUCCGAUGAGGGUGCUUUUCCUCAUCCCGAAGAGCAACCCGCCUCAACUCGAUGACCAUUUUUCGCAACCGUUCAAGCAGUUUGUGGCUGCCUGUCUGAAGAAGAAUCCGGCGGAAAGACCGUCCGCGCGAGAGCUCCAGAAGUACCGUUUCGUGAAGAAUGCGCGCAAGAGCCCGAGGUUGCUCGAGAGGUUGCGGGAAAGAAUGGAAGGCGGUUUAACGCUCGAGAAUCGGGAGCUGCCGGGGACCGUCAGCAUGGGGGGGACAAUUUCGGAGGUGAUGAUGAGGUCCGAAGGGUCGCUGACGAAGCCGGUAGCAGAGGCUGUGCAAUCCCUGGCCCAUAGCCACCCCUCGUCCGACUCCACGUGGGACUUCGGAACAGGGACAUGGAAGAUAGGGGGAAGGCAACAAGCGGUCGGCGGAGAGAGCGAGGAGGGCCUUGGGGCGGGAGGGGUCCUAGGAGGUAGAGGUGGUGGCAGCGACACGAGGGAGAGGAGCGGGAGCCAGACGUCCACCGACAGUGGUUCGACGGCAGACUCCGUCUCCGACAAUAGCAAAGGGUCCGAUCAGUCUGUGGUGGUUGGCGGUGCCGCCUCUGGCCAAGAUGGAAGCCCCAGUUCCAAAGGGGAGGGUAUCGACUACAAUGUCAGUGAUGACGAUGGCGGGGAGAGAGUCGCAGUAAGCGAGAUGGGAACGAUGGUCAUUGUGAAGUCUCUGAAAUCGAAGACAUCUGCUGCCGAGGCCCUUGCUCACUUGAAGAAUCAGCCAGCAUCCAGAGGCAUGCUGCCUCCUGUUGGCCCUGCAAAAUUUUCGGAGUCCCAAUCGAUGGGACGAAUCCCGCGCACGAGCUCAUCCAUGUCUGAUGAAGAUCCGGCCGGCAGCAGUUUUGACUUCUCAUCGGAUAUCGGUGACACUGUGGUUGUGAAAAAAAACGAGUCCCCGUUUGUGAGACGGAGCAUGAGCGCAAACGUCCGAGUUGAGCCACAAGGACCUCCUGCUCCCUUUGUCCAGGAAGACAGUGCCACGAACCUCGCAGAGGCACGGGCGGCUAUGGCAGCUGCUGGUGCAAAGGGAGGGAAGAAGAUGGGCAAAGCUUCGUCUAUGAAGCCUCUCCUGCCGAGGAAGCCGAGUGAAGAGUCCGCCCCCAAGCCCGAUGCAUCGGCCGUCACGUCCCCUGCGCUUUCUUCUCUGCUCAUCCCAGCACUUAAAGAGAUUGCAGCCGACCGGGCGGAAGGAGGUGCUGCGAUCCGAGCAGCGUCAGAUGCGUUGGAAGCGCUCACCGGACUAGAGAGGGUAGCGCCGGGUGCGUGUGAGGCGCUUGUGGGUAGGUUAGUCGAUAAACUUGCGAGCACAGAGGAUCAUGCCAUCGAAGAACUUCGACAGCAGGCUCGACUGGCGCUUCUUGCCAGAGGAUCACGUGGAGCUGGCAGCAGUUUGGCCGGUGAGAACGGUGAGGGGAAUGGCCGAGGUUGUGACAUGUUAUGGAUGGGGGUCGACAGAGGCGCGGGGAGGAAGCUGGACACCGCAGGGCUGAGUCCGGUGGCAUCCUUUCUCCUCAAACGGUGGCAGUUGCAAAUGUCUGUGCGAAUGACUGGGGACGCCCUGCGCCUGUAACCGCCAGCUCAGACAGACGUUGGCAAGACAAGCUUGAGACAGUAGGUUUGGCCACUGCUAUCACUGAUGGCAGAGGGUCGCAGGAUGAUUCUGACACAGCAGGUCUGAGCGCGGCUCUGUUUCUCCUGAAAAUGUGGUGGCGGUUGUACACCUGUCUGUGAAAAUGGCUGGGAAUGCACUACUUAGUAGCAUGAACACAGACGACGAGCGCUAUGCGGAUGACGAGCACUAUGCGGACGACUUCCUGAUUGAACUCAUCGGACCUAGAGCACUACCGUCUUCACCCAAGUAGAAUGCCUGGUCAUUAUCGCUGCAUCUGGACUGAAAGUUGCCCCACAUCGGGCUAUGACAAUG